AUGAAUCAACUAUGCGGCCUAGAAUUAGAGUCAACAAUCGAUGACUACCUCUCUGAAGCGGAAAGAAUCGCGUUGAAGGAAUUUACCGAAGUCUAUGAAGGCACUUGUCCAGAGGCCAUUUCGCCAGCAUCCAAAGUCUCUCCCCAAUUUGGAAUGUUGGACGAACACCACCAUCUUCACAGCGAGGACGGAUGGAGAAAACUCGACCAAGUGACCCUGUAUAGAUUUCUAUGCGCCGACAGAGUCAGUCCAACUGGUAAAUUUCAGCAGGCGAAGAGUCUCGAUCGAUUGCAGCGGGCACUGCGCCACAGGACUGUCUCCAAAGCUGACGCUAUCCUGGACUGGUGGAUGGAUCGGCUGGAACAACAAGGACACCACGUCAAAGCAGGAAGCGGAGAGCCACGAAAACCCAAUCGCAUGCUGAGGAAAUUGUCAUCUUCUUCGUUGUAUUCCUCGUCGAGCAUUGCGACUGGUUCAUUCCGAAUUGAAGAAGGAGCUGAUACUUCUCUGCUGGAAGAUGUCGAAUUUGUUCCGCAUCAUCAAAUCCGACACCCUGGAUUUUCUGCGAUCGACUUGGAAAAAUACCGACGACUGCGGAUUAGAGAAUUCUCUGGGCGAUGUCACAAAGGUCAGCCUGUCCUGUUUGAACGAUUGGGAGCUUUUUUGGGAUCUGGCAAUCAUGUCCACUUUUCUCACGAGGAAUGGAUGCAGUUGUACAUUUGGGAUUUGGAACGUCAUUUCAUCGAAAUGAGAGAGGCAGCCAAGGCCAAUGGGAAACCUGUACACAAGUACAUCUUUUGCGGAGAUGGCCAAGGUAUGGUGGAGGCAAUCAUGAAUCGAUCCAUUUGGAAGGUGGUUCCUCUUUUGAAAGCGUACAAGGCAGUGGAAGACUUUUACCCAGAGAUUGCUGAUACCAUCAUUUUGUUCAAUGUACCCAAGAUCGCCACUUUCUUCUACAGGAUGGUCCGUGGAUUCCUCGAUCCGGUGACUGCAGAAAAGAUAAAUUUGUAUUCCACUUCCGAUUACAAAGAAGUGUUUUCCAAAAUCAUGCCUCUGGAUGCCGUACCUCAGGAAUAUGGCGGCACUAGCAAGAAGCAGUAUCCCAAAAUGGCGUCUAGCUAG